UGGACCGCAGAUAAAAGCCUGCACCGCACAUGCGACUGCAUGCAGUCUGAAGGUCAGAGUGAACAUGGCAACCCGCUGGGGAAUCUGUGGAGCUGGAAACAUCAGCCAUGAUUUCUGUGUGGCUCUGAGGACACUUUCUCAUGAAGAUCACCAGAUAGCUGCAGUUGCAGCAAGAAGCCUAGAAAGUGCAGAGAAGUUUGCAAAAACUCACGGCAUCCCAAAAGCGUACGGCAGCUACCAGGAGCUGGUGAAGGAUCCAAAUAUUGAUGUGGUGUACAUCGGUGUUCUCCACACACAUCAUCUGCAGGUGGGUCUGCUGUUCCUCAACGCUGGGAAGAACGUGCUGUGUGAGAAACCCUUCGCCAUGAACCUCCGAGAGGUCAGACAGCUCAUCUCGGCCGCCUGCGAGAACAAUGUCUUCCUCAUGGAGGCGGUCUGGUCCAGGUGUUUUCCCGUGUACGCUGAGGUCGGCAGGCUGCUCUCGGAGAGUGCUGUGGGGGAGGUGAAGAUGGUGAAGGCGUAUUUCGGUCUGUCUCUGCUGGACCGCGAGCGCAUCACACAGAAGGAGCAGGGUGGAGGAGGGCUGAUGCUCAUCGGCAUGUACUGCCUGCAGUUCGCUCUGAUGGUGUUCAAGGGGGAAAGACCAGAAUCCAUCCACGCCACGGGAGUCCUGCUGCCCUCAGGAGUGGACGAGUCGAUGGUGGUGGUCCUGAAGUUCUCGGGGAACAGGAUGGCUGUGUGCGCUUGCUCCAUCGCCUGUGAUCUUCCCAACGACGCCACCAUCUGCGGAAGCAAAGGCAUGAUCCGCGUGGUGCAUCCCAUGCACUGCCCAACCACUCUGGAGGUGAACGGGAAAGAGACGGAGUUCCCUCUUCCUGAACCCGGCCUGCCUCUGAACUUCAGCAACAGCACGGGACUGAGAUACGAAGCGGAGGACGUCAGGCGCUGCCUGCUGAAAGGACUGAAGGAGAGCAUCAAGAUGUCACUCACAGACUCUGAGCUGCUCACUGAGAUCAUGGAUGAGGCCCGGAGACAGGUGGGCGUGGUUUAUGAGCAGGACAGCCAAUGACUGGCCUCCAUUCCUUGAUUGACCCGCACUGGAUGGUGCUACUCAUGGUGCAAAGAAACAGUCAUGCUUGAACAUGUCUUGUGUGUGUAGUUGUGUGUAAUAAAACUGACACAAACACA